AUGAAGAUUUGCUAAUUAUUACGAAAUAGAGUGCUCUUUUUUAAUUGUGAUAUAUAAACUGUCUUUAACAAUCCUAAACACAUGUAUAACCCAGGUUAAACAAUAUAAUGUGCCCAAUUAAUGAAUGAAGCAGCAGGCAUAUUAAAUAUCCCAGUUGUUUAUACCGAAUAAAAUGUCAAGGCUUUUGGAUCAACAAUUCCAGAAGUCAAGGCUACAAUUCCAUCAAAUAGUCAUUAUUACGAAAAACACACAUUUUCAAUGUAUAAUGAGGACGGAAAGAAGGUUCUAUCUUAAUAUCCUGACAAGAAUUAAGUUGUCAUAUAUGGUUGGGAAGCACAUGUCUGUGUUUAACAAACCUGUCUGGAUUUAGUUAGAAAUGGUUGUUAGGUUCAUAUCUUAACCGAUGGAACAUCGAGCAAUCGACCGCUUUAUAGAUCAACAUGCUAUUAAAGAUUAGCUUAACAGGGAGUAGUAAUAGAUAAUUCACAGUCAGUUUUAUAUGAAUUGUUAUAGUCCUACAAAGACGAAAAGUUCAAACCAAUUUUAAGUUUAUUUAAGAAAUAUAAAUAUGAAGAGGUUUUUACAACAUUAUGA